GUGGGCGCGCGGCGGGCCCGAUCCCGGUUCCGCUUCCGGUUCCGUCCCGGUGCCGGUCCGCGCGCCCCCCCCCCCCCCCCCCCCCCGUCGUCGCCGCUGCCAUGGAGCCGGCCGAGGCGGAGUUCUUGGCCGAGAAGGAGCUGGUGACGAUCGUGCCCAACUUCAGCCUCGACCGGAUUCACCUCAUCGGGGGAGAUCUGGGUCCUUUCAAUCCUGGCUUGCCAGUGGAAGUGCCUGUCUGGUUGGCCAUUAAUCUGAAGCAGAGGCAGAAGUGUCGGCUGAUUCCUCCAGAAUGGAUGGACGUUGAAAAACUGGAGCAAAUCCGGGACCAGGAACGUAAAGAGGACACCUUCACUCCGAUGCCCAGUCCCUAUUAUAUGGAACUCACAAAGCUGCUGUUAAACUACGCUUCAGACAACAUCCCCAAAGCCGAUGAGAUUCGAACGCUGGUGAAGGAUACCUGGGACACCCGGAUAGCCAAGCUGCGGCUGUCUGCGGACAGCUUUGUCAGGCAGCAGGAGGCUCACGCCAAGCUGGAUAACUUAACCUUGAUGGAGAUCAACACAACCGGGACUUUCCUUACUCAAGCCUUAGAUCACAUGUACAAGCUCCGGACUAACCUUCAGCCUGGCGAGAGUGCCCACUCUCAGGAUUUCUGAGGUACUAGCCAGGCCAACCUUCAAACCUCCCAGGAGAGGGCACUGGAAGAGAGAGCAGGCCCUGCUCCUCACCCUUGGACCUUCAUGUGGCCAGCCUCCAUCUCCCUGCACAGAUCUCCCAAAACCACCCAAGCCUCGUCUCCCCUCAGCUGCGUUCACCCCCUCCUCGGCAGCAGCUGCGCGCAGGCAGGGGUUCCCCUUCCACGCAGGCAGGGGAGAGAGAGCAGGCAGCCUCACGGCUGGAUGGGAAUCGCUCCGGAGCUGCCGGCGGCACGGGAGCAUCCCCGCACGGUAGCUCCUACGCGUUCCCUCUGUGCAGAGGUGGGCCUCUCGCUUGGGUUCAGAGAUCUGCUUGGUGCAGGUGGUGGCUUGCCAGCGCUAGGCUGCUGUCUAAUGAUGUCAGGCGGAUCUCUCCGCCCUGGAGAGUGUGGGUGUACUUCAUAGAGGGAACUUCUGAGGGCAGCACAGGCCACACACUGGCUUGAAAGCAAUAAAUUUCUAGGCGGUGCUUCGCCAUGAAUUUUCUCAACGCCUUGAAAAGAGGGAAGAUGUGCCGGCAAUGAGAGGUGUCUGCUACUCUGCUGGGGAGAUCAGCUGGGAAGCAGAUCCAUCUGCUCUUUGGAGAAGGACAAAAGAAAACGGUUUUCCCUCUCCAAAGCCAGGCUGUCUUGUAAUAUCAUACAUCUUGAUUUUUUUUUUUUUUUUUAAAUCUGAAAAUGUGUGUAUAAGAAAAAAAAAUAAAAAAUAAUUGC